GGGACCGCGGGCAGGGGAAGGGGCGGGCGCAGGCUGCGGGGUCGGCGCGGAGGAUGCACGCGGGGCUCCUGGGGCUGUCCGCCCUGAUGCAGGCGGCCGAGCAGAGCGCGCGCCUCUACACCGUGGCUUACUACUUCACCACAGGGCGGCUUCUGUGGGGGUGGCUGGCCCUGGCUGUCCUCCUGCCCGGGUUCUUGGUCCAGGGCCUGAGCUACCUGUGGUUCCGAGCAGACGGGCAUCAAGGGCAUUGCUCCUUGGUGAUGCUGCACCUCCUACAGCUUGGUGUUUGGAAGCGGCACUGGGACGCUGUGCUGACCGCGCUGCAGAAGGAACAGGAGGCUCCCCAUCGAGGCUGGCUGCGGCUGCAGGAGGCCGACCUGUCGGCCCUUCGACUGUUGGAGGCCCUGCUGCAGACUGGACCCCACCUGCUGCUUCAGACAUACGUUUUUCUAGCCUCAGGCUUCACAGAUAUUGUGCCAGGGGUGAGCACCCUGUUCUCCUGGUCCUCACUCUCCUGGGCACUGGUGUCCUACACUCGCUUCAUGGGCUUCAUGAAGCCAGGCCACCUGGCCGUGCCAUGGGCCGCCCUCUUCUGCCAGCAGCUCUGGAGGAUGGGCAUGCUGGGAACCCGCGUGCUGAGUCUGGUUCUGUUCUACAAAGCCUACCACGUUUGGGUUUUGGUGGUUGCAGGUGCCCACUGGCUGGUGAUGACAUUCUGGCUCGUCGCCCAGCAGAGUGACAUCAUCGACAGCACCUGCCACUGGAGGCUGUUCAACCUGCUCGUGGGGGCCGUGUACAUCCUCUGCUACCUCAGCUUCUGGGACAGCCCUUCCAGAAAUAGGAUGGUCACAUUCUACAUGGUCAUGCUGUUGGAGAACAUCAUCCUGUUGCUUUUGGCCACCGACUUUCUCCAGGGGGCAUCAUGGACCAGCCUGCAGACCAUAGCUGGGGUCCUGUCUGGAUUUCUGAUUGGCAGUGUCUCGCUGGUAAUUUAUUACAGCCUGUUGCAUCCAAAAUCCACAGAUAUCUGGCAGGGCUGCCUAAGGAAGUCCUGUGGCAUUGCAGGAGGUGAUAAAACAGAGAGAGGAGCUUCUCCCCGGGCUGUAGCUCUAGCUGGGAAGACAACCGAGAGCUCAGGCUCAUGCCAAGGGCCAAGUUAUGAGCUAACCAUUUUGGGGAAGCCCCCUACCCCUGAGCAGGUCCCCCCAGAGGCUGGGCUGGGGACCCAGGUUGCUGUGGAGGACUCCUUACUCAGUCAUCACCACUGGCUGUGGGUGAAACUUGCCCUAAAAACAGGAAAUGUGUCUAAGAUCAAUGCCACCUUUGGAGAUGCCAGUCCUGUCUACUGUCCACCUGCGUGGGGGUUGAGUCAACAGGACGACCUGCAGAGGACGGCCCUGUCCGCCCAGCAAGAGCUCCCAUCCUCAUCCCGUGACCCGUCAACCUUAGAGAACAGCUCUGCAUUUGAAGGUGUCCCUAAAGCAGAGGCCGACCCAUUGGAAACCUCAAGUUACGUAUCUUUUGCCAGCAAUCAGCAGGAUGAGGCACCUAGCCAGAACCCAGCAGCCACGCAGAGGGUGGGCACCCCAAAGGAAGGAGCCGACGCUGUUUUUGGGACACAGGGGAAGGGGAUGGGUGGGGAGCCAAGAGGAGGGGAAGGACAGCAGAGUUCCACAUUAUACUUCAGCGCCACUGCAGAAGUGGCCACAUCCUCACAAGAAGGCAGCCCAGCUACUCUGCAAACAGCCCACUCUGGAAGGAGUCUGAGAAAGAGCUGCCCUGCCCAGCCUGCGUCGCCCCAGCCAGUGGUCAAACCCUUCCCCGUCACCAUGGCUGACAUUAGCCCCAUCCUAGGCACAGGCCCCUGCAGCGGCUUCUGCCCCAGUGCAGGCUUCCCUGAAAGAACCCUCAGUAUCUCAGAGCUGGAGGAGCCGCAGGAGCCCACAAGGGACCAAAGUCACCAUGCAGCUGUUGGUGUGUGGAUGUCGUUGCCACAGCUGAGGACUGCCCAUGAGCCCUGCCUCACGUCCACCCCUAAGUCUGAGUCUAUCCAAAGGGACUGCAGCUGCAGGGAACAGAUGAAGCAAGAGCCGAGUUUUUUCAUCUGACCACAGUCAUGGUGGGAUAAGACAACAGGCUGACAAGCCAAGCUGGUCAUUUGGUGCAGUGAGAAGAGAAAUCCCACUUCUGACACCUGUGUCCUUGGGCAUGUUACUGUCACCUCUGAAUCUCCAUCUGCAUCCCUGAAAAAUGAGGAAACAGGGCUGGAUGACUUCUCAGAUUCGCUGUAAACAUCACAGACCCCACCCAUGCAUAGCAGAGACUCUAACACACUGUGGAGGAGGAGAAAGAGAUUCCAGUCAAAAUUGCCUGCUGCCUUUUAUAAGCUAUAGGUUCCCCUGUUUUAUCUUUUUGCUGUGGCUUCUUGGAAACACAAAGGUAAAACCCAGAUUCCUGUUUUAUUCGGGGUUCUUGUUACAAUUAGCUUUGCCUCACACUUAGUGGUUAUGAAUCUCAUUUUCAUAUAUUGUAACUGCAUUAUGUUAUGAAGUCUCCUGGUAAGAUAAUGUGAAUGCUUUCUGAGAGUAGAUAAGGACUGUGUGUUUGUAAUAACUAACAUAACUGAAAAUGCAAACAUCA